CAAUUCCGCAUAGCAAUUCUGACUUUGAACUGAACGUAGUGUUUAAAUUCUUUUUGCUUUGAACCGAAAUAAACAAACACCCAGGUCCCAGGACCCAGACCCAAUCAUAGAAUAAAUAUCAAAGUUUAAGAUUACAAUUUACGGUGUGAAAUAAAGUAAUGCAAGAAAAUAAUAUUAUGAUAGAUUCGAUUCGAGAAAAUAAUCGUAAUUUUCUACAAUUUAAACGCCAAAUACACCGAGAUGAAUCUAAAGAUACUAACCGAUCUAUCACAAAACCGGACAGUAUAACGAAGGAAAAUGUCACAGCAAUUGCAAAUACACUAAAAACAAAGUCAACGAUACCAGCUCUAGAAUUAGUUAAACUUAAAAAUGCCUUACUACAAGAUCAAAGCAACAUAGAAGUGGUACUUAAUGUGCAUGGAGCCUUGAGAGGCCUGGUGAGAGAGUUAACUGGUAAUAAUAUUGUCAAUCAAUGUAUUGCGGCUGGAUGUCUAUGUAACCUUGCUCUUGGAGAUUUUAAAGCUUGUAAUAGUAUUGUCAAAGCAGCUGGGCCCUACUUGGUGACAUCCCUUGAUAAUAUGGCAAUGGAACUAGCGGUGACUUCUGCGUGGACAUUAGGAAACUUAGCGUCACAUAGAAAGGUGUGUGAGGUGCUUGUGUUGCAAGGUGCACUGGCCAAGCUUUGUGAGCGCCGCACUGGGACGGAGUUGCAACGUGCGUGUGUAUACGCACUGUUGCAUUAUGUUUACGCACUUGGAGAGAGUUUGAGUAAAGACUACGUACAGAAGAUAACAAAAACUGCAACAGAAUUAGAAAUGACAGUGGAGUCAGCACAGCUCCUAUUCAUGCUGUCAUGCCAUCAAAACUUCACGGAGUGUGUGACCGAAGACCUUGUAUUAAAGUUGAUUCAAGGGUUAAAUAGAUGCAUGGAGACAUAUAAACAUAAACAUACAGAAACUAAUAUGGAGCUUGUUUAUAUUACAAGAAGUCUGGCGAAUAUGAAUACCGACGUGUAUAAUGUUAUUUUGGGAUACUUUGUUAGUUAUAAUAUGUGUGAAUUGUUUAAGCAAGUGUUAUCCGAUAACAAUAGUUUUGUCGUAGAGUCCAUGUUAUGGCUAUUGGGGAAUUUGUAUAAUUAUUGUAGCGAUGAAGAAUUCUUCUCAAUGCUGUUAUGAAUAAAUAUUUAUUUACAGGA